AAUUACUCACUUCACUUGGGUUGACCUAAUCAUAGGCAUUUCUGGAACACAUUCUGUGCAUGUUAUGAUGUCUAGGACAUUUCAAAUGACUCCAAAGAUUGACAGUCAUCAGCUUCACAUGAUUAGCUGGUCCACAUCCCAAGUACCCACGUAUAUCCAAUAAACUAACCAUCCAAUUAUCUAUCACUAAUUAGCAAAACUAUAAACAACUUUAUCUUUCAUCGUUCAGAAGAGCUUCCUAUAACUUCCCCUCUCAUCCUCUUCUUUCCUUGUUCCUUGCUCCAAAAUAUGCAACAAUAUUAAGAGGAACAAACACAGAAGAACAAUCACCAAAAUGCAAACCCACUUGAUGUUCUUCUACUUUUACAUUGGCCUCUCUCUUGUUUUUGCUGAGGGGGGUCAAGCUGCAGCAGAUGAUGAAUUCUCAACUCUUCUCUCAAUCAAAUCAAGUUUCAUUGAUCCAAUGAACUAUCUGAAGGAUUGGCAUCUACCAACCAAUGUGACACAGCAAAGUUGGCAGCACCAUUGUAACUGGACUGGAGUUGGUUGCAACUCUAGAGGUUUUGUAGAGACUCUUGACCUCUACAACAUGAACCUCAGUGGUCAUGUUUCAGAUCACAUCCAAUCCCUUUCAAGUCUAUCUUUUUUCAACAUAAGCUGCAACAACUUUGAUUCAGCACUUCCCAAAUCACUGUCCAACUUCACCUCUCUGAAGAGCUUUGAUGUGAGCCAGAACUACUUCAAGGGCAGCUUUCCGACGGGCCUCGGAAGAGCUUCAGGGUUGAGAUCAAUCAAUGCUUCAAGCAAUGAUUUUUCAGGUUUUCUUCCUGAGGAUAUUGGAAAUGCAAGUUUCCUUGAGAGCCUUGAUUUUCGCGGUGGCUACAUUGAAAGUCCAAUCCCAAGAAGUUUUAAGAAUUUGCAGAAACUAAAAUUUCUAGGCCUUUCAGGGAAUAACUUCACUGGGAGGAUUCCAGGGUAUCUUGGUGAACUCAGUUCUCUGGAGACAUUGAUUCUGGGAUACAAUGAGUUUGAAGGUGAGAUCCCUUCAGAGUUUGGCAACUUGACCAAUCUUCAAUAUCUUGACUUGGCUGUUGGAAGUCUCAGUGGUCAAAUUCCACAUGAGUUAGGUAAGCUGAGAAAUCUCACUACAAUGUACUUAUACCAAAACAGCUUCACAGGAAAAAUUCCACCUCAACUUGGCAACAUUGUGUCACUUGUAUCUCUGGACCUCUCUGACAAUCAAAUCGGCGGAGAGAUUCCAGAAGAACUUGCUAAUUUGGAAAACCUGCAGCUGUUGAAUUUGAUGAGCAACAAAUUAACUGGUAAUGUACCAGAGAAGCUUGGUGAAUUGAGAAAUUUGCAGGUGCUUGAGCUGUGGAAAAAUUCUUUACAAGGUCCUUUGCCACUAAGUCUUGGAAAAAAUUCUCCUUUGCAGUGGUUAGAUGUGUCCUCUAACUCAUUAUCUGGUGAGAUCCCUCCAGGUUUGUGUGCUACAGGAAAUCUCACUAAACUAAUCCUCUUCAACAACUCCUUCUCUGGUUCCAUCCCUAGUGGACUUUCAAACUGUUCGUCCUUGGUUCGUGUUCGGAUUCAGAACAAUCUUUUUUCUGGAAGUAUUCCAGUUGGCUUUGGAAGCCUCCCUGGCCUUCAGAGGCUGGAGGUUGCAAAGAACAACUUAUCAGGGCAAAUUCCUAUAGACAUUACCUCAUCCACAUCACUUUCUUUCAUUGAUGUAUCUUGGAACCACCUUGAGUCUUCUCUACCUUCAGAAAUUCUUUCUGUUCCAACCCUUCAAACCUUCAUUGCCUCUCACAACAACUUUGGAGGAACUAUCCCAGAUGAGUUCCAGGACUGUCCAUCUCUCUCUGUGCUUGAUCUUUCAAGCACAAACAUCACUGGCACAAUCCCAGAAAGCAUUGCCUCUUGUCAAAAGUUAGUCAACCUUAACCUCAGAAACAACAGUUUAACAGGUGAAAUCCCAAAAUCAAUCACCAAAAUGCCCACCUUAUCUGUUCUUGAUCUAUCCAACAAUUCACUCACUGGUAACAUACCUGAAAGCUUUUCCCCAGCUCUGGAAAUGCUGAACCUUUCCUAUAACAAACUUGAGGGGCCAGUGCCCUCAAAUGGGAUCAUGAUGACAAUAAAUCCUAAUGACCUUACCGGCAAUGCGGGUCUCUGUGGAGGCUUUCUCCCUCCGUGCUCCCAGAGUUUGACUGUGACAAGCCGGCGAAAGAGCUCGCACACAAGACACAUCGUCAUUGGUUUUGUAGCUGGCAUUUCAGUUAUUCUAUCUCUUAGUGCAGCAUAUUUUGGUGGUAAAUGGGUAUACAAGAGAUGGGAUCUGUACAACAAUUUCAUCCAUGACUGGUUCAAGCAGAGCAGUGUGGAUUGGCCUUGGAGGUUAGUAGCAUUCCAAAGGAUCGGUUUCACUAGCAGUGACAUCCUAGCUUGCAUAAAGGAAUCAAAUGUCAUAGGCAUGGGGGGCACUGGUAUUGUUUACAAAGCUGAAAUCCAUAGACCUCAUGUAAUUGUAGCAGUGAAAAAACUAUGGAGGUCACAACAAACAGACAUAGAAGAUGGCAAUGAUGUACUAAGAGAAGUCGAACUCCUUGGGAGACUUAGGCAUAGGAAUAUUGUGAGGAUGUUGGGGUAUGUGCACAAUGAAAGGGAGGUGAUGAUGGUUUGCGAGUACAUGCCUAAUGGGAACCUUGGAACUGCACUGCAUGGUGAACAAUCUGCAAGGUUGCUUGUGGAUUGGGUCUCAAGGUACAAUAUAGCUCUUGGAGUUGCACAAGGGCUGAACUACCUCCACCAUGAUUGUCACCCUCCAGUUAUUCACAGGGAUAUCAAGUCUAACAACAUACUUCUCGACGCGAAUUUGGAGGCAAGGAUAGCUGAUUUCGGGUUGGCCAGGAUGAUGAUGCAAAAGAAUGAGACAGUUACCAUGGUGGCUGGAUCUUAUGGAUAUAUUGCCCCAGAAUAUGGAUAUACGUUGAAGGUUGAUGAGAAGAUUGACAUAUACAGCUAUGGGGUGGUACUUUUGGAGCUUUUAACUGGCAAAAGGCCUUUAGACCCUGCAUUUGAAGAAUCUGUAGACAUAGUCGAAUGGAUUCAAAAGAAGAGAAAGAACAAAGCCUUGAUAGAGGUACUAGACCUCUCCAUAGCAGGUCAGUGCAAACAUGUCCAAGAAGAGAUGCUUCUUGUACUCCGGAUUGCACUUCUAUGCACUGCAAAGCUUCCCAAGGAAAGACCAUCCAUGAGAGACAUCAUCACAAUGCUUGGAGAGGCAAAACCGAGAAGGAAAAGUGUUUGCAAUGGGGGACAAAAUAGUAGUAUGGAAAAGCCAACAAUCAUUAAUACCUCUCCAGUAGUGAGUCUCUUGUAGCAUCAGGGUUCAGACUAAUAUUUUGAUUUCCCUUGGCCUCUAAAUUCGGAUCUUUGCUUUGCCUACCUCGUCCGAAAUUUUUGCAGGUGCCAAAUACAUGUAUUUAGAUUAUUUUUUUCUUUUUUUCUUCAAAUGAUUAAGAAAAGGAGAAAACGUGCAUGAAGGUUGUACAUUGAGACCCAAUACUGUCGUUUAAAAAACUGUUUCCCAAAUCUCAGCAAAGACAUUCAUAAUUUGCAGA